CUUCAUGCAGCAAGGAACACAAGCACUCUCUCAGUUAACGUUUUUCUUGCACUUUUUAGGUAGCAAAAUCCUCCCAAAUGGACGCCUCUCCCCCGUGUCCCCGAAGAGAGGAGUGGACUCCUCCUCCCUUAGGAAGGACUCUUCCAUGCCUCAGUCAGUGUACGACAGACUAAAGACGCUGACCGCGGUGGCACAGGCUGCCGAGGACCAAAUCCGGGAUCUCAAGGCCACCCUCAGGGAGACCCUCCGCGAUGGUCGGCCGUCGCUCAUCCCGGACGUGGCCGCGUCGGCGACGUCCUGGCCCAACGGCACAGCGCGGUCGCCGUCCUCCUCCAACGGCAGCGCCAAGGGAGCCGGCGCCCCCGGCAGCCCGGGCAAGCGGCAGCUCCGAGACAAGGAGUUCGCCAUCCGCAACUCGCUCCUCACCGACCUGUUCUCCAUCAACCACAUCAACACCAUCUACCACGUGGCCGUGAUGGUGCUCAUCGUGCUGGUGCUCAAGACCCUGGUGACGGACCUGGUGGAGCACGGCACGGUGAACUUGAGCAUGGACCUCAUCUGGUACUCGUUCGGGGGCUUCCACCGCGUCAUCACCAUCUGGCUGGUCAUGAUGGCGAGCGUGCUCAUGCAGUACGUGUUGUUCACGAACUGGGCGUCGCGCCGGCAGCAGAUGCCAGCUCUGGCUCGUCGCUGCUGGGACGCGGUCUUCCUGCUGCUGCUCGUGGCGUUCGACGCCGCGCUGCUGACGCUGCCGGUGCUGCGCAUGCUGCACUACGCCAUGCCGUUCGCGUCGUCCUUCGCCCUGCUCACCGAGUCCGUGCGAGUCCUCAUGAAGUCACACGCCUUCGUGCGCUCCAACGCGCCGCGGGCGCUGGCCGAGGGCGUCGUCCCCGGCUUCAACCAAUUCCUGUACUUCAUGUUCGCGCCUACGCUCGUGUACUGCGACACGUACCCCAGGACGCCGCAGAUCCGCUGGCGCGUGGUGGCCUGCUGCAUGCUGGAGGUCGUGGGCUGCCUGUUCUACAUCAGCUUCCUCACGGAGCGCUACCUGCUGCACAUGUUCCGGGACUUCGGCCUGCGCCCCUUCACCCCACUGGAGGGCGUCGCCGCCGUGCUGUCCACCGUGCUGCCGGCGGGGCUCGCCUUCAUGUGCUGCUUCUACCUGCUCCUGCACUCCUGGCACAACGCCUGGGCAGAGAUGCUGCGCUUCGGGGACCGCAUGUUCUACAUGGAUUGGUGGAACCAGGGGUCCUUCUCCGCCUGGUACCGCACGUGGAACGUCCUGGUGCAGGACUGGCUGUACACGUACGUGUACAAGGACGUGGUCCUCCUCGGCGGUAACGGCCUGGGCGCGAGGGUCGCCGUCUUCUUCAUCUCCGCGGCGGUGCACGAGUUCAUCCUGGGAUUCGCGCUGCGCUUUUUCUACCCCGUGCUUUACGUUUUCUUCGGCAUCAUAGGAUUUUUGCUGUCGUUCUUGACUUUUGGCUCGACAGCGGUGGGAAACGUAGGACUGUGGCUGUCGUUGUUCCUGGGCGACGGCAUGAUGUUCAGCUUCUAUGCCAUCGAACACUACGCCCGUCAAAACUGCGAGCAAAUCAUUGAUUCGUCGUGGGAUCUCUUCAUUCCACGGUCCUGGAGCUGCGUGGCGCUCGCGUCCAAGACGUGAGCCACUCCGGAACAUCCUACUAUUCAUCCGUAUUAAACAUUUUUAAGACUGCGUGUCGAAUGUUGUACUUACAAGACUGACUACGAAGAGAGGCAGGGUCCGUAGCGUGAGGUGUAUAAAAAUAUAGUUGUUAAAGUUAUUGCUCAAUUUGUAUUUUAUGUGGAAUAAUGAAAAACGCGUUUAUACUGCCGGGCGCUAUGUUGUAACGAACAGGUCCCUCCCUGUUAAUCUAAGUAGAGCCCCACAUCGGGGUGGCUGGAACACUUGUCAAGAAUUAAUUUGCUAGGUCAUGUCGUCAACUUUGUUAUAACUCUGUUGCCUCAGACAACCCAUUUCAUGAACACUGCGUACGGAAUUUUAACCUGGCUAUGCUUUAGUCACCCAAAGUUGUGAUAUAUUUUUGAUAUUUUACAUUGUGCUGUUGUAUGUGUAUAGUUGGUUUCAGCCUCAAAGAUUUAAAUGGACGUUUCAGCUACCUUUUAAUUCAUAUAGGGUCGCAUUAUCUUUUAAGUUUUCUUUAUAAUUGUGUUUGACAUGUAUUUUAUUCCUGUUAAGAAUUAGGCGAAAAAAAUAUACCUCUGUUAAUAAAAUUUUGAUUGCUCUUUUCAAAA